CUGUAACACAAUACAAUCUCAAGUUUUCUCUUCUCAAUCUUUCUCGAUCCCCAAAAUCAUUUUUUUCUAGGGUUCUUCCUUUCAGUUUCUCCCCAAUUCUCAUCCCACUCUUCCUCUUCACCCAAUUUGCGGAAAUGAAGCUCACCGUAAAAACCCUCAAAGGCAGCCAUUUUGAAAUUAGGGUUCAGCCUACCGACACUAUUAUGGCUGUGAAGAAAAAUAUUGAAGAUGUACAAGGAAAAGACAAUUACCCAUGUGGGCAGCAAUUGCUAAUUCACAAUGGCAAAGUGUUGAAAGAUGAAACCACAUUAGCAGAUAACAAGGUCACCGAGGAUGGUUUUCUUGUUGUCAUGCUUAGUAAGAGCAAAUCUAUAGGUUCAUCUGGAGCCUCAUCUGCCCAGAUUGCUUCUGUGACUCCAUCUACAACUGCACCGGCUUCUACUGCCCCUGCUACAGAAGUGGCAAUACAAGCACCGGUCUCAAAGUCUUCUGCAUCUGCUUCAGAUGCUGCAACUGCUAAUACACAAAGUGAUACCUAUAGUCAAGCUGCCUCCAAUUUAGUUGCUGGUAGUAAUCUUGAACAGACUAUUCAACAGAUAAUGGAUAUGGGUGGUGGAAACUGGGACAAAGAAACAGUAACUCGUGCACUUCGAGCUGCUUAUAACAAUCCCGAGCGAGCUGUGGAUUAUCUAUACAGUGGCAUUCCGGAAACAGUAGAGGUAGCUGUGCCGGUGGCCAAUAUCUCUGCUGGUCAGACAGCUGAAACUGGGGAUGCUGCUCCUGCUUCUGGGGCACCUAAUUCAUCUCCUUUGAAUAUGUUUCCUCAGGAAACCCUUUCUGGUGCUGGUGCUGGUGGGCUUGGAUCCCUUGAUUUCCUCAGAACCAAUCAGCAGUUCCUAGCCUUGCGUUCAAUGGUGCAAUCAAACCCACAAAUUUUACAGCCUAUGCUUCAGGAACUUGGAAAGCAAAACCCUCAGCUUUUAAGACUGAUUCAAGAGCAUCAGCCAGAAUUCCUUCAGUUAAUAAAUGAACCUCUUGAAGGUUCUGAAGUGGAUAUAUUUGAUCAGCCCGAGCAAGACAUGCCUCAUGCUGUUAAUGUCACUCCUGCUGAGCAGGAAGCUAUAGAACGUCUUGAAGCAAUGGGAUUUGAUAGAAACCUCGUAAUUGAAGCCUUUUUGGCUUGUGAUCGCAAUGAGGAGUUGGCAGCCAAUUAUUUAUUGGAAAACGCUGGAGAUUUUGAGGAUUGAAAAAGAUGAAGCAUGUGACCCCGUUGGUGUUUGGUUCAUAGUUUUUUUUGGCCUUAGGUCUUCAUCACCAACGUCUUUACCGGCUAUUGUUUGAGAUGUGAGCCACGGAGAAGUUUCAGAAAGAAUUAUGAAUUGGUCUCUGAUAUAGGCUAUAGACUUAACAAAUUUCAUUCUUCAUUUUAUUUUAACCUUUUGGAGUCCAUCAGUCCCACUAGUAGACAUGCAAUCCCCUGCUCACCCCCCCCCUCCCCUCCCCAAACAGAAAUUUAUGUGUUCUUGAUAUCUGAGUAAAAAGUUGAUCGAAAAGAUCCAUCUUUUUUGAAUUUGUUUUGAAAGAUCCAUUGUUAAUUUCAUGAACGUUGAUGCAUCAACAUCUGAUCUGGAAUAUGUGAAUUGUAGCCUAUUUUUGAAGCUCGAACUUAAUAUUGGUUUUUCUUUAGCUUUGUUACGGUCCUAUCCUCAUGAGUUC